UUUUAUUUUGGUUGGUGGUUCGCAGAUGAACAUAAGAGACACGACUUUUAUACGGGAAAGCCAAACUAAUAAAUUUACUUUAAUUUAAAUUUAUUUACAAAUUUUAAAUGAUCAAAUAAGAUAAAUAUGCAUAAAACAAAAAAGAAAACCGCUAAAAUACCCAAACCGAUCAAGAUCAAGAAAGAGAAGACUGAUGAAGAUCGAAUGCCGCAAUCAAUGAUGUACUACAUCGAUGAUAGAUUGGAAUUGGUUAAACAAAUCUUUGGAUCUUUGAAACCAAAAACUAUAAUGAAUCUGGCACCGGAAUUUUUAAAGACCCAAAGUUUGGAAGAAAUCGAAGAAGCGUGUCUCAAUGAGCUCUUGUGUAUAUCAACAAAGCGCUUAAAAUCGAUAAUAACAGCAACCAAGUGUCCCACAGACACCGAAUCGUCUGAGGAUGAAGAUGUCCAAAGAAAGGAAGAGCAUGUCUCACUGGAAGAAAUAUCCUCGGAUAGUGAAAUUGAAGGUGGCACAUCGAAAAAAGGAAAGAAAAAGAAAGCUUCGAAAUUGGAGGACAAAAAUAAAGCGGGAGCCAAAAAUGAUCCACAAAAAUCAGCAGAAAAGAAUGAAGAGGAGGGACAAAUCAGCGUCUUGGAAUUACUCGAAUUGCAAGCCAGGGCCAGAGCAAUACGAUCACAAUUAGCCCUGGAGCCUGUUACAAAAAUUGAAGUUGAUUCCGAUAAAGAGGAUGGACCGGAUCGCGAUGAGCAAAGUUCAUCGAAAAAAUCGAAAAAGCCACACAAAAGCGAUAAGAAUGAGAGGAAGCGAACUUCGAGUACACGAGAAUCACAAGAUUCAUCCAAUAAUAUUUCCAGAUCGUCUGAUAAAGAAAGUGAAACACGUAAAACUAAAAAGGUUAAGCUAAAGCGUAACUAUAGAAACUCUUCGGCCCACAACAACGAAGAUGAGGAGGGUGAAAAAACCAAAAGCACAGAAACAACAGCAAAUGAAACCUCAAUUUCGAAAGACAAUGAUGCAAGCGAAAAACGAACGGCGAAUUCCUCGUCCCAGCAGGAAUCUGUUGAAAAGAUUAAAAAAGAAAAGGCUAGUCGUUCACCUUCGCCGGAUGUUAUACCCAUUGUUGCCGAGCCGGAAACAUUGUUGAUAAAUGAUUCUUCUGAUGAAGAAACUGGGAAAAAUAGGCAAACAGAUGAGAGUGCCAAAAUUGAGGAACCCCUGCAAAAGGAGGGUGGCAAAGAUCGAAAGAUAUCCGAAAUGGAAGAUGGUGAGGUUGAUGAAUACGGUGAAGGUCGGGAGAAAACAUCAAACAAGUUUGAACAGCAGCCGGAAAAGGAAGACGAAUCGAAUAAUGUCAAUGAAGCAACGGAAAAUGAUAAAGAUAAACAUCAAGAAGAAUCAAUGGCGUCCGAAGAUUCCAGCGUUAAAGAUCAAGAAAAAGAAACUAAAGUUUUAGCUGCCGAGGAGGAAUAUGAGGAUCGAAAUGAUGACGUCAUAUCACUGGGUGAAGAUUUGGAGGAUGAAAUGGAUGAACAGUUGGAAAAUAUAACAAAAGCCGAUAAUAUGGACAAAGAUUCGGCAGCAUCCUCUUCGCCAGCAAAAUCCAAAAAGAAGAAAUAUUCCGAGGAAAAGAAUAAAACCGAAGACAAUCAGUCCUGGCAUGACCGUUACAUGAAAAGCUCUAAGGUAAGCAAAGUUUUGGCUGCAUCGCGUCUGGGCAAGAAGGUGCGAGACAAAAUCAAAAAGUCCAAAGAGGCUCCUCGAGAAAGUUCUGACAAGGCCGAGGAAAAAGAGGAAGUAUUUACAUCCAAACACGAAGAGGGCUCGCUGGAACAGUAUAAAGAACUGUUGGAGUUGCGUCAACGCAAGUCAAAGUGAAGUGGAUGCUUCUUUUUUAUUUGAAAUAAUUUAUUUUACAAAACAAGAACUGUAAAAUUUAAAUAAUAAAUAUUUAUAA